AUGGACGCCCUCAAAUCAGCCAUCACCCCCAUCACGCAUAACCUCCCCGCGCCGAUUCGCGACUUGGGCGUUUCCAUCAUCGGCGAGACGUGCUACAAAUCUCUCCUUCUCGACGUCAACAUCGAGGAUGCCGAUUGCAUCAAGUUCGCUGUCUCCAAGGCUCUCGGCAUCGGUAUCAUCGCCGCUUCGUCCAUCGUCAAGGUUCCCCAGAUCCUGAAGCUCAUCAACUCCAAGUCCGCCGAGGGUGUAUCUUUCCUCUCAUACCUUCUCGAGACGGCGUCGUACAUCAUCUCGCUCGCCUACAACUUCCGAAAUGGCUUCCCUUUCAGCACCUAUGGCGAGACUGCUUUGAUCGUGGGACAGAAUGUUAUCAUUUCCGUGCUUGUUCUGAACUAUAGCGGCCGUGCUAGUCUGGCUGCUGUGUUUGUCGCUGCGCUUGCUGGAACUGUUGCUACGCUGUUUGCCGAGAAUGUCGUGGAUGCGCAGACCUUGAGCUACCUCCAGGCUGGUGCUGGUGUUCUGAGCGUUGCCAGCAAGCUGCCUCAGAUCCUCACCAUCUUCCAGCAGGGCGGUACUGGUCAGCUUAGCGCUUUCGCUGUCUUCAACUACCUCGCUGGUUCUUUGUCCCGAAUCUUCACAACCCUCCAGGAGGUCGACGACAAGCUCAUUCUCUAUGGAUUCGUCUCCGGCUUCGUCCUCAACGCCAUCCUUGCUCUCCAGAUGAUCUUCUACUGGAAUGCUCCCUCUGAGAAGGCCAAGGGCAAGCAGCCUGUUGCCCCCAUUGCGGCCAAGCCUGCUGUUCUGACACCCUCUUCCUCUACCACUGCUACUCCCAAGAAGAGCCCUACCACUCGCCGACGUGGUUAG